GACUGUCCUGCCCUGCCUUAGUGAAUAAAUUUUGCAAACCAAUACUUGAUAAGUGUAAGCUGGUAAGGGUGGGUGGGACCCCUCCAAUUAUGUAUAAACUGUGCGCACCCAUUUUCUACGAACAAAUACAAUAGUGCUAGAGUUCUAUACAGUGAAUAGGAUAAAAUGUUCAAGCAAGAAACCAGUAAAAUGAUUUUAAUCAAUUUAUGGAUUCUGUGUAAUCUCCAGGUAUCAGGUUUAGCACAGAGCCAAAGUUCUGUAACCCUGGAUAACUUUGACCCGAUAAACACAACAAGGACGCCUGGACGAUCUUUCUCUUCCUUAUCAUCAUCUUCCUCAGCAGCACCUAUAUUCUCUUCAUCCUCCGCCUCUUCCCCCUUAUCCAACUCAUCCUCCUCGUCCUCUUCUCUAUCUUCUCCAUCAUCUCCCCCAGUAUCCAACCCUAUCUCUAAACUAGGUUUAGUCCUCAGAACAACUAAAUCCUCCUCCCUUCUUAUAACUAGCUCGGAAUCAAACCUUGCUCCACCAGAGUCGACAAUCGAUAAGAAUCUUCAGUCUCCUGGUUCUAGGAGAUCAUCAGGAGUUAAACCUGCUUCCAGCUCCUGUCUCCUGAAGGAUAUGGAGUCCAGGUUUGAGUGUGGAGAGGGUGCAGAGUACCCUGAGAUCAGGAGAACCCUGAUCAAACUCCCAACCUUACCAAACCAUAUUCAUAUCUCAGAAUGUAAUAUAAAAAAGCUUGGUAAACUGGUUGAUAUGUCUACAUCUGAUAUACAACAGGUUACUCUUGUAUCCAGUAAACUGAGUGAGAUGACCACAGAUUCUCUAAAUUCCCUUUCUCCGGGUUUACUUCUCCUUGAUCUCUCCGGAAACCAACUCAACUCCUUCCCAUCUGCUGUCUCAGGGUUGAGUAAGCUAACCAGCCUUGAUCUAUCAAGGAAUAGAAUACAAGAUAUUCAUCCUCAUCUUCUCCUCAACCUUACCAGGCUGGUUAGUCUAAACCUGGCAGACAAUAGACUUUAUACUGGAUCAGGAGAUAGAAAUGUAGACCUCCAUCAUCUUAAAGAUAGGUUAGAUUUUCUCUCUCUGUCUGGGAAUGAUUUAGAGAUCUGGCCGGACACUCUCAACCAACCUUGGAGAAGGCUGAGGAACCUGGAGAUAUCAAGAAACAGAAUCAGUUCAGUUCCAAGAUCUAUGCUGAAAACACUUCCUGCUCUUCAGAGCUUGAUAAUUGAGGAGAAUAAACUACAAAACAUCUUUUUAGAGGAUGAAGAAAAGGGACUUCUUUAUCUAUCUCUCCUAGGAAACCCUCUCCACUGUGAUUGCAAGGCUGUCUGGUUACUAGAUGCUCUAGUCUCCAGUAGGACCCGGAUACUAGCUCCGUCCUGCUCAACCCCCUUCAGAAGAAAAGAUACAGCUCUUCAAACCUAUUCAGGGAAGGGUUUGUGUAAUCUGGAGAAUAAUAAGACUUUAGAGUUCUUCAGAGUUAACAACAUGGAUGCAAUUUACUUUCCUAGGGAUACAUUCAGUACACUCAGAAUACAUUCAGUACAUGGUGAACCUAACCUACUAGAUGUACAGUACAGUAUAGAUCUGGAGUUCUAUUAUAAAGAAUACGACUGGGGGAUUGUUUACAGAAAACUAGGAGAUGGAGGAACUACGUCUGAUUCCAGUUCGUUUAUAAAGACUGGAUACAAUCUACGAGAUUAUGCAAGUAAACAUGAGGACUGGGUUCCAGGAUAUCAGAUGCUUCACGCUACAAUAUCUACUCAAUACUCACCAGUUCAUGAGGUUUGUUUAGCUGUUCUUGAACAGGAUACUGCAUACUAUCUUCAUCAGGAUUUGUGCCGGGUUGUGUAUACAGGAUACAGCUCCAGUAUUAAACACAACCUUGUUGCUGAGUUUAGAGAUAAUUCUCUUAGUAUCUCCUGGGAACCUGAGAAAGCUGUCAGAAUUCUUAUUCGAGAGUUUGGUUCACAAAACUCAACCGUUUACUCCGUUCCUAAACCAGAGCUUAGAGAGAACAGAUCUGUGUACAGUAUCCAGGAGAACCUGGAGCACGGGGUUGGAUACUCUGUAUGUAUCCAAGACCUGAGAUAUGGAAACCAGUAUCCGGAUACACCUGGAGACUGUGCUGAAGUUAGAACUGAACCUGGUGGUUUCUCUGUAGGAGAGGUGGCAACAGCAACAGCUGUUUCAUCAACAACAACUCUAGCGGUGGUGUUCCUAGUUUGCUGUUGUUGUCCCUCCUGGAGAAAAUGCGGAAAAUCUGCAUCCUUGGACGUAAAUGAAAACUUAAAGGAAAGUUCAAAUAGAAAUGAAGAAGUAGAACCGAAAUACUCAUCCAACAGGGACGGGACGGAUAUUAAAGAAGAACCUGAUCAAGGAUUGGAGAACCAUGCAUCUUGUCAAAGUGCCUGUCCAACUGAAGAUCCGUGUACCCGACAGAAAAAAUCCUCAAUUAGGUAUUAUUAUUAUUAUUAUUAA